GACCACUUUGUACCUUUUCACUUGAAUGCUUUUCAUAUUUCUUCCAGUCAGUGUAGAUUCAACAAUUGGCAUCUGUUGGUUUUACAUGUUUUCACAGCUUUUAGACAAUGUGAUUUUGAAGAGGAAUAAAGCUUGAGCUCCUCCGGUGACAGAGUGACGGACUAAAAUAUGCAGCAAGUCGUUGUUGUGCGGCGCCUGUGGAAACUAAAGGCAUAAAGGUUGAAUGCACACCUUCUGGAGCUACUUCCAUCUUCGACAGGUGUGUGGCUGUGUGCGCGGAGGGGGGACCCGGACUGCAGCAUCGCGCUAAAAGAGCCUGUAUUCACGGUGCGCGCACACGUUCUGCCAGUGUCCAUGUCGAACUAUUUGGACACAACGGCGAGUGCUUCUAACAUGUGGAGCCGGGACGCAUGCAACAGCCAGCCGUGAAGCAGCGGAGGGGGAGAAGACACUGUGCCAAUAUGGGGCUGGCAGUGCUGUUCAGAUGGCUUGUGUUCAUCUUGGCUGUGCCCGCUUGGCUGUUUGCUGCCCCCAGUGGCCCCCGGGAGCGUCCCUGCCCCCUGAGCUGCAGAUGCGAUGGGAAAAUAAUCUACUGCGAGUCCAACGCUUUUCGAGACGUGCCCAGGAAUGUGUCAGUCACCACACAAGGGUUGUCCCUGCGCUACAACAGCCUCAUGAACCUCCACUCUCACCAGUUUGCGGGCCUGAGCCAACUGGUCUGGCUCUAUCUUGACCACAACUACAUCGCCACAGUGGACGGACAGGCUUUCCACGGCAUCCGGAGACUCAAAGAACUCAUCCUAAGCUCAAAUAAAAUCACGCUUCUGAAAAAUAAUACUUUUCAUGAUGUCCCCAAUUUGCGCAACCUUGACCUUUCUUAUAAUAAGCUCCAGGUUCUCCAGCCCAGUCAGUUUGUGGGUUUAAGAAAACUGUUGAGUUUGCACUUGCGAUCCAAUUCCUUAAAGACUAUCCCUAUGAAGGUUUUCCUUGAGUGUCGCAACUUGGAAUUUCUUGAUAUUGGCUACAACAGACUACGUAGCUUGACAAGGAACGCUUUUGCUGGACUCCUUAAGUUAGUUGAACUGCACUUGGAGCACAAUCAGUUUUCCAAAAUAAAUCUGGCACACUUUCCAAGACUGACCAACUUGAGGGCGCUUUAUCUACAGUGGAAUCGGAUAAGACUGCUAACUCAAGGCCCACCGUGGAUGUGGACUUCCUUGCAAAAGCUGGACCUUUCCGGAAAUGAACUGGAAGAACUGGACCCAAGUACUUUCCAAUGCCUCCCAAAUCUCCAAACUCUCAACUUGGAUUCAAACAAACUCACCAACAUUUCGCAGCAGACUGUGGACGCUUGGAUCUCCCUCACUACCAUAAGUCUAGCUGGGAAUCUUUGGUACUGCAACCCAAACAUUUGCCCACUUGCGGCCUGGUUGAAGGCCUUUAAAGGUAACAAGGAAACCGCUAUGAUCUGUGCCAGCCCAAAGGAAUCCCAAGGUGAGAAAGUGAGCGAUGUUGUGGAGACGUACAAUAUUUGCAGGCCGACUCCUAGCCCUAACCCCACCACAACCACAACGGUCACAAGCACUUUUAAACCUAAGCUUGUGCCUCUGCCCACUCAACCUUUUGUGGAUAAUAGGCCUAUUUCCAACAGGACAGCCACCUCUACUACACCUCCUACGUCUACCCCCAUCCGCACUGAGGCCUCCCCAACUAUCCCAUUACCCGAUAGCGAAUUUGUGUCCUUCCACAAGAUCAUAGCUGGUAGUGUGGCCCUGCUGCUAUCGGUGGCUAUAAUUCUCCUUGUUAUCUAUGUCUCUUGGAAGCGCUAUCCCAGUAGUAUCAAACAACUCCAGCAGCGUUCGGCAGCGGUUAACAAGCGGCAGAAAAAGACAAGGGAAACGGAGCGCUCUCUAAGCUCUCCGCUGCAAGAGUACUAUGUGGACUACAAGCCGUCCCACUCAGAGACUAUGGACGUAUUGGUUAACGGGACAGGACCAUACACGUACACCAUCUCAGGCUCCAGGGAAUGCGAGAUGAGCCAGCAGAUGUACAGGUACGAGCAGUCCUUCCUGGAUUACUGCCACGCCCACCUGACGCUGCUUCCUGAAGUGGGCGGGGCUUCCCCUGCUCCACCAGACCUGUAUCACCCACCAACCCAUCUCCACAACCCCUAUGCGGCACCCCAGCUCUGCCCUGGGACCCUGUCUCUGCACCAGUGAGCUCAAAUCAAUUCAGAUAUGAAGUGGACCUAUACAAUAAAUCCAAGCAGAGAACAGCGUCAAUCUACAGAAAAACCUGGUCGUAAUGAAAAUACUUCUCAGUGGAAAUAACAGGGUGCUGCUUUCUAUCGAUUGGUCUGCGCUUCAACCCAUGUCCAAGUCCUGCAAUUAGUAACGGAGGCCCGGACAAUACGGCUCUACCACUCUGCCUUUUGGGGAGUAU